CUGUUUCGAGAAGCUGCUGUCUAUAAUAGAAGAUAGAAUCAAAAAGUGUGACACAGUCAUGAGGGAGGCUAUCUCACCUUCUCGAAGGUAAGAAUUGUAUGUUUAUACGUUUUGUGAUCAUACCAACCAAGAUGUCUCUUACAAUUUCGUUACAUGCCCUGUUACGUUGCAGGCUGGCUGUAACAUUACGGUUCCUGGCGACUGGGGAAUCUUUUAAGAGUCUGGCUUUCAGCCACAGAAUUGCACAGCCUACCAUUUCAAACGUUAUUGUGGAUGUAUGCACUGCAAAUUGCGAAACUUUAAAGGACCAAUACCUAAAGGCACCAUCAACAGAAGAGUGGAAUAAAAUUGCCAAAGAAUUUGAUGAACUUUGGCAGUUCCCAAACUGCAUUGGUGCAAUGGAUGGGAAACACACAGCAUUUGCCCCACCACGAACUGCUGGCUCAACAUACUUCAAUUAUAAAAAGUUCCACAGUGUUGUUUUACUAGCUAUUGUGGACGCUAGGUAUCGAUUCUCUUUGAUUGACAUUGGGUGCAAUGGAAGAGUGAGUGAUGGUGGGGUGUAUGCAAAUAGCCUGAUCAGCAGUGCACUUCGGGAAAACUGGUUGAAGGUACCACAGCAAAAAUCACUUCCUGGCACAAACAUUGAAGUGCCAUAUGUGAUUCUUGCUGAUGAUGCCUUUCACCUGGAGCCAUAUAUCAUGAAACCUUAUAGAGACUGCCAGAACCAGAACUCCAAACAGAUUUUUAACUACAGAUUGUCAAGAGGAAGGCGAGUAGUGGAAAACAGUUUCGGAAUUCUGGCCAACCGCUUCAGAGUUCUUCUCAGUACAAUGCGACUACCUGUUGAGAAAGUGGAAUUAAUUGUUCAGACUUUAUGCAUACUGCACAACUACUUGAUUGAAGAGGCAGACACCACAUAUGUGACAGCUGCUGAUACAGAAAACACAGACUUGUGCACCAUAAACAAUGGUUCCUGGCGAGGAGAGAAAUCUCUCUCUAGCAUACCCCAGCAGAGUGGAAAUCGCACGUCACUGUGUGCCAGGGAAGUGCGCGAAAAAUUUUGUGAAUUCUUUAGUACAACAGGUUAUGUUUCAUGGCAGUGGGAAGCCGUUAAGAAGUACAACUUUUAGCAGUAAUAAUGUACAGAAGGCAAUCUUUUAUUUAAA